ACGCCAGGACAUAACAAAAUCCACUCGGUAGGAAAGGAAAGAACACUUCGGCUCUCUUCUAUGAGAGUAUUACACCCUACGUCAUUUCUGUCCCUGAUCUACCUGGGAACCGCCAAACGCAUUGGUGCAUCAACACCAAUCGGCUUCUUCACACCGCAUCAUGUUAGAAAAUCUGCCCGCUGAGAUUCUCUACCUCAUCGCAUGCCACUUGCCUACCGUCAAUGCAUUGGUGCAGCUCUCUCGGACCAGCAGACGUCUGCAUGAAACCAUCGCCGUUGAUAAUUGGCGGAUCUUUCGUGCCUUUGUACAGAAACAGUUUCCCGGUUCGAAAAUCCCAGAUUUCUGGAGGGAAGCAGCUCACUCGCUCACGUCUCGCUCGCGAGCCUUGGACAAACAUGCGGUCCUAGGUAGGUUUGUAUUUCCGCCACAGGCAACCAGAAUCGGAUCUGAAAAAGCGAUCCGGGGUGACAGGCCUACGCUUGGCUAUCGGCCCGCCCUAGACACAUAUGAGACCUGGAACGGUUCAGCGUGGAACGACCGCCGGGAGGUUCUCGCUUGGGGUGCGGCAGACGAAAUCUUCUUGCGAGUCAAGCAUACAGGCUCGAAACCCCAUGAGCAGUGGAUUAUCUUCAGUGAUCUCGAGCAUAUCAGCAGUGUAGACGACAUUUGCGGCCUACACAUUUUGAAGCCAAACCAUCCGGCCUAUGAAAAAGGCAAGGAGCAUCUGAUCUUUGCUCGCGCUCGGGGCGAACUGCAUCAUCUCGCGAUAUCAAUCGAUGAGCCCUCGCAUAGUUACCAGCAAGUAUUCGAGACGUAUGGCUUGGGCGUGGAGCGCACAGACUUGAGCAACGGGGAAGAGCCGAUACUCGCAGCGCACUGGAACAACGGAACCAUCGCGCUAUACAACACGGUGUCGACGAGCUUGAGAGUCUCAGAAUUUGCGCGUCUCCAAAUCGACCCGGCGAAGAGAGCCCGCAACAGAUACUCUAAGUUCCUUUCGCCUGACCUCUUCGCCAUCGGGACAGGGCGCACCGACGAUGCAAUCACAAUCUCCUCUAUCACCAGUGAGCGUGUAUCGCUCGACCGGGAAAUCAACCUGAACCUGGUCGACUAUGACAGACUCGAUUCCUCUACGGCGAUCAAGUCAGACGUCAAUGCCAUCGCACCUUUAAGCACCACCGGACGGGUCUUCCUCGCAGGAUGGGGCGAUCGAGCCGUCAGACUCCACGACCUCCGGUCCAACAAAGAGCACGAGAUGACCUACCGCGACCCCACCGACGACAACCCGAUCUACUGCAUCCAUCCAUUUACCCACAACCGCUUCGUAGUCGGCUCCGGCGGCGAAGCCCUCGUCAAAGUCUUCGACCUCCGCAUGGACCGCGGCUACAGCUACCUUGACGCAAAGCCCACAAUGCGAAGCUUCGCGCAUCCUUCCCGACGAACCACUUCCACCAAGUCCACCAAAUCUCUCGACACACAACUCCGCCACCUAACCCUCAACUCGCCCAACGGCAUCAACCACAACCCCCGCAAGGAGAUGUCCAUCUACCUCUCCCACCCGGCCCCGACCACCUACCACCAGCCCCGGAGCCAGCACCACCGCCCCUACCGCGGCGCCAUCUACACGAUGAGCUCCCCAUCCCCCAAUUCCCCAACCAUCUACACCGGCGUCGCCGACGGCGUGAUGCGCCUGGACUUCGUCGCCACCGACGACCUCACCACCGGCGCGGACCGCGCCUGGUUCGCGGACCCGCUCUCCCUCAACCUGUCCGCAACGACCCAACCCUCGCGUCGUCGCCAUCGCGCGGACCGCAUCCUCGAUCUGUCGGGGUACGAGCGUCCCGAUCCCGCGAACAGCACUGCGGUCGUCCGGCUACGCACGCAACAGCCGUUUGACGCGGUCACGGACGAGGACGUCGAGGAUGAGCUUGCGACCUGCUGGGAUCGUCGGUGGACGAAGUUGAGGGAUUUCAGCUCCUGGCGGCGAGCUGUAUGAUCCGAGGAGUUGGGCUCGGCAGGCUAGUUGCGGGGCUGGACCUUGAAUGCACGUCAUGCCGGUGUGAGUUUCCGGGGGGGUCUGGUAACAGGGUUGCAUACACCUCAGGGAAAAGGUAGCUUUUUUUCCAUUCGUUUGUUUCGGUUGCUGUACAGUCAACAGCAAGAACUACAUGGGUAGACUGGAUGUGCCCGGAAAGUUGGAAAGAAACAAGCCAUCAUAGAUACUGUAGGUAGACCUUGACCAAGUUCGUUUCUUUUGGUUGCUGAAAUCAGCCGAAGACGGUUUUAGAUACAGUUAGAAGGGAAAGGC